GGGAGAGAGAGAGUACGCCAGACUGAGCAGACGAGUCGUAUUCCGGGCGCACAUUUCGGAGUGUGCGUAAAAGCGCACGGAAACACGAACUAACCCGAGAUUACGCGUUGGAUAAAGGACUUUUCCUCGGUACUCGGGACUUGUCGCCUCCGGUUCCGCCCUCGGACCGGAACUGGUUCACGAACUGGUUCACUUGAACCCAGCAGCAGCCCCUCGGGUUUUCUGAAUGGACGCGCUGGGAAGAAGCUUCGUGGAAAUGCGUGUUGUCGCGCUUGGGGCCGGAUGCUGAGGACGCUCGGAUCGCGAUCGCUCGACUCCCGUCUCUCUCCACUGUGAGUCUGUGAACUCGGGUUCCAACAUGGAGGGCAGCAGCUCCUCCAGCAGCUUCCAGCCGCAUCCCGGACUCCAGCAAACUCUCAAGCAGUUCCACCUGAGCUCCAUGCGCUCGCUCGGCGGACCGGCCGCCUUCUCCGCCCGCUGGCACCAGGACUCGCUCUUCGGCAAAGAUGUGGACUCCAGCGAGAUGCUGCUCUCCCUGCCCCCCCACACCCCCCCGGUGAUGUCGGGUCCGCUCUUCAUCCCGUCGGACCGCUCCACGGAGAGGUGCGAGACCCUGCUGGAGCGCGAGCCCGUGUCCUGCUUCGUAGUGGGGGGGGAGAAGCGCCUGUGCCUGCCCCAGAUCCUCAACAGCGUGCUGAGGGACUUCUCCCUGCAGCAGAUCAACUCGGUGUGCGACGACCUGCACAUCUACUGCUCCCGCUGCACGGCGGAGCAGCUGGAGAUCCUGAAGGUGGUCGGCAUCCUGCCCUUCCCGGCGCCGUCCUGCGGGCUCAUCACGCAGACGGACGCCGAGCGGCUGUGCAACGCGCUGAUCCACGGAGGCUCGUACCCGCCGCGCUGCCACAAGGAGUUCGGGUCCCUGGAGCUGGAGCGGAGCGAGCGGAGCUUCAAGGUCUACCACGAGUGCUUCGGCCGCUGCAAGGGCUUGUUCGUCCCGGAGCUGUACACCGGCCCGGGGGCAGCCUGCGUGCAGUGCCUGGACUGCAGACUCAUGUUCCCUCCGCACAAGUUUGUGGUGCACAGUCACAAGAGGCUGGAGAACCGGACGGUCCACUGGGGGUUCGACUCGGCCAACUGGCGGGCCUACGUGCUCCUGGACCCGGACUACACCGGCAAGGAGGAGAAGAGCCACCUGGAGCAGCUGCUCCGAGAGUCCAAAGGGAAGUACGACGUGACGCGCCGGCUGUCCGGUAAAUCCUGCAGAUCUCCCAGCCCAGUCGCAGCCAAGAGGUCCAAAUUCGACAAAUUGCAAUCUCCGUCAGCCGAAAAAGACAGGAAACCCGACUGGUUACAGUCCCUGUCCAAGUCUGCACACAAGGAUCUGAAACAAGUCCAACUGAAACAGAGGCCCUCUGCUUUCCGCCCCUGGUCUCCCAAAGCUGCAGAGAAAGAGAAACCAGCCUCUCAGAGUGAGGUGGAGAGGUCGUACUCUAAGAGUCAGGAGGCUUUGACGCAUCCUAAUCUGACACCGGCUCCCCUGGUCCAUCCCAGGGAGAGCCACACUCCUGGCAGGGGACUGACAGCCAUUUCCAGGCUGCCACAGGAGCUGCAUAAUGGAGACGUACAGCCUGCAGCAAAACCGGCCCCGUCCAGUCCCAGCAAACCAGCUGACAGCAUGGACACCGAUGGAGAGAUUGAUGUGGACGACUUCAGUGAUCCUCCAGAGCCACCCUCCUCCCUAGCUUCUCCUCCAUCCGCCUGUACCAGCGUGUCUCAGACUCUCACCCCUCAGAGUGUCCCUCGAGCUCAGGAGGGACCUGUCUGGCUGUCAGGGCCUGUUUGCCCAGACAUGGACUCCCUGAGACAGAUGCUGUACGCAGGCCUGGACAACAAAGAAGCUCGUGAGAAACUGCUGCAGGAGAUUGUCAAGAUGAGAGUGAAGCAGGAGGAAAAGCUGGCAGUUGCUGUGCAAGCUAAACGCAGCCUACAGCAGGAAUUGGAGUUUGUGAGGGUGGCUAAGAAAGGACGCCUUCGUGAGGCCAUUGAAGCCAAGCGCAACCUGCGAAAGGAGAUCGAGCGCCUUCGUGUGGACUGGGAGAGGAAGAUGAGGGAUGCAGAGGAGUCGUGUGAGCGGCUGAAGGGAGAGCUGGAGAGAGAGAGGCAGCUGCGAGUCUGUGACAAAGGCUGUGAGGCAGAGCGUCUCCGGGUCAAGUACUCCACUCAGAUUGAAGAGCUUCACGUGCAGCUCCAGCAAGCAGAGUCCGACCGCGAACAGCUGAGGCAGGAGCUCCAUCAGGAGAGAGAAGCCCGGCAGAGCCUGGAGAGCGUUGUUAAAGACCUGCAAAUCCAGCUGGCGCUGCAGGCCGUCGGCAGCCCCCCCGGAGACCCCAGCGACGCAAACACAGAUAAACACAGACAGAGCGCACAACCUAGAUUGGCAGAGGAGUUUUUCUGGAUCGGGGGCAGCAUGGUUGCACAGCCUAAAUGGAGGCUGGGUCAAAUAGUGGAGAGGUGUAUGUGCACCAUGCAGGCUGGCACUCAGAUGACCAAAAUGAAGGGGAAGAAGAAAGGUCUGGUCCGCUUCUUCUACCUGGACGAGCAUAAGUCCUGCAUCCGAUGGCGGCCAUCCAGGAAACACGACAAGGCCAAAAUAACUAUUGAUUCAAUCCAUGAAGUCUGUGAGGGGAAGAAAUCAGAGAUCUUCCGGAGGUACGCGGACAACCGUUUCGACCCAAACUGCUGCUACAGUAUUUACUAUGGGGAGCGAGUGAAGUCCCUGGACCUGGUCUCAAAUAACGCAGAGGAGGCCCGCACCUGGAUCUCUGGGCUGAAAUACCUCAUGGCUGGGAUCAGUGAUGAAGACAGUCUGGCCCGGCGGCAACGGACCCGUGAUCAGUGGCUACAGCAGACUUUCUCUGAGGCCGACAAAAACGGAGACGGCACCUUGAGCAUCGGAGAAGUUCACCAACUUCUCCACAAACUCAAUGUGAAUUUACCCAAACAGAAAGUCAAAGAGAUGUUUCAAGAGGCAGACACAGACGACAACCAAGGCUCUCUGGGCUUUGAAGAAUUUUGUUUGUUCUACAAGAUGAUUUCCACACGCAGAGACCUCUAUCUGAUAAUGAUCUCCUAUAGCAACCAGAAAGAAGUCAUGGAUAUCCGCGACCUUGCACGUUUCCUGGAAAAUGAACAGAAGAUGCGAGGCCUGGCCAAAGAGUAUCUAGUUGACAUAGUGGCAAAGUUUGAGCCAUGUCCUGAGAACCUGCAGCGUACGGUACUGGGUAUCGAUGGUUUCACCAACUAUAUGCGGAGUCCAGCAGGUGACAUCUUCAACCCUGAGCACAAUCAGGUGAACCAGGACAUGACACAGCCUCUGUGUAACUACUUCAUUUCCACAUCACACAACACCUACCUGACAGGUGACCAGCUACUGUCUCAGUCCAGGGUGGAAAUGUAUGCCUAUGUUCUCCAGGCAGGCUGUCGAUGUGUGGAGGUGGACUGCUGGGAUGGACCCGAUGGAGAGCCCAUCAUCCACCAUGGUUACACCUUGACAUCAAAAAUCCUCUUCAAAGACGUUAUUGAAACGAUCGACAAAUAUGCCUUCACAAAAUCACAGUACCCAGUGAUCUUGUCCAUAGAGAACCACUGCACUGUGCCUCAGCAGAAAAAGAUGGCUGAGUACCUGAGAGAAGUGCUGCAGGACAAACUGGACCUGUCCACAGUCAACAUGCAGGACUGCAAGAAGCUGCCCUCCCCUGAGAUACUGAAAGGAAAAGUUCUAGUCAAGGGGAAAAAGCUACCGGCAAACCUCGACCCCGAUGCUGAGGAAGGUGAUGUGUCUGAUGAAGACACUGGUGAUGAUGAUGAAGAGGAUGAAGACGACGAUGAGCCACAGAGGAAAAAGGGAAUUCGAGUGAAAAACAAGUCAAUGUCUGAGGGAGAAUCAGACAGCAGCAGGGAAAGGACCCAAAUUGUUUACCACCCAAAGAAGAGGAAAACAAUGAGGCUGUCUCGAGCUCUGUCCGACCUGGUCAAAUACACAAAAUCUGUUCGUGUCCACGACAUAGAAACACAAGCGUUAUUGAACAGUUGGCAGGUAUCGUCCCUCAAUGAGACUGUGAUGAACCAGAUCUUACAGCUGAAGCCAGGUGAGCUGGUGCGUUUCAACCAGCGCCAGCUCCUCAGAGUCUACCCGUCCAACUACAGAGUGGACUCCAGCAACUUCAACCCUCAACCAUACUGGAAUACAGGAUGCCAUAUGGUUGCGAUGAACUAUCAAACAGAGGGACGCAUGCUCGAACUGAACCGAGCCAAGUUCUCAACCAAUGGAAACUGUGGUUAUAUCCUGAAGCCUAAGUGCAUGUAUAAAGCUGCCUUCAACCCCACGUCGGAGGAUCCUCUGCCGGGAUGCAGAAAGACACAGUUAGUGAUCAAGAUCAUCAGUGGACAGCAGCUUCCCAAACCUAAAGACUCCAUGUUUGGGGACAGAGGAGAGAUUAUUGAUCCCUUUGUAGAGGUUGAGAUCAUCGGUCUAAGUAAUGAUUGUUCCAAGCAGCAGACCAGGGUCGUGGAUGAUAACGGUUUCAACCCGAUGUGGGAGGAGACCCUCGUCUUCAAUAUUCAGAUGCCACAGAUCGCCCUGGUGCGUUUCCAGGUGUGGGAUCAUGAUCCCAUUGGGCAAAAUUUCAUUGGACAGAGGACUGUGGCUUUCACCAGUAUGAUGCCAGGUUAUCGGCAUGUGUACCUGGAGGGGAUGGCAGAGUCAUCCAUUUUUGUUCAUGUUGCUAUCUAUGAUUUGUCAGGAAAGAUCAAACCCUCUAAUGCAGUGCAAGCUGCCAGAAAACACAUCAAGAAAGCAGCUCAGAAGCACAUGAAGGGUCCUCCACGGCAGACGUCUCUGGACUUCUCCGUCCAGUCCUCGGAAGAUGGACGUGCUCUCUAUUUCCGCAGGGAUCUGGAUACCAUCUCUCAGGACAGCAGGAACGGGGAACUGUCCUUCCUGGCACAAGGGCCAGCAGCCAAGGGUGCCAUCCACAAAGGGGCCAUGAGCGAGCCAGUGAGGCGAGCUCACAGAGUUAAAAUUCAUGAACCAGCCGAGACAAGGAGAGGAAUCUUCAGCCGGAUGUCCUCCACUGACUCCCACCACAUGGGGGCUGCUCCCUGUGUGAUAGCCGAGAGCUUUGACCUUGAGACCUCUUCCCAGGCUUCGUGUCCAGACGGUCCUGCUCCCGACAGCCAAAAUCUAAUUCAAGAAGAAGCUGAGAAUGAACUUCACGAACCUCCAGAGUCAAGCUGUGCAGAGCAGGAGACCGUUCAAACAUUAGAACAAGAGGAGCCUAAACAAUCAGACAAAUUACCAGUAGAACCAGAAACUGGUAAAGGACCUGAAAAAACACCACAAACUCAGACUUUGACUGAUUCACUCCCUCAGCAUCGACCUGUGCCACAGCCUCUUUCCAAGCCUGAAGCCAAAUCUACUCCUCCUAUCCCUCCACCUUCCCCUGCCAGGGUAAGACGGACCCUGGAGGCUCCAUCCACCCCCCGGCCAUUUACCCUGAUGGGGACAAAGGCCCGCUCACGUAGUUGCCCUCGAAAACCAACUUCCUCCCCUCACAUGGCCAACCAGAAACCUGAUCUCCAAUGGCAGACGCAUCAAGCACCAAAAUAUGGCAGCUACAGUAACCGUUUGAAACAGGUACCCAAUGGUCUCUGCCUGUCGGACAGCACAUCAGGCGGCAGCAGCGGCGGCAGCACAGACAGCCUGGAGUUUGUACCCUCCUGUGUGCCAGCUGACACAGGGCAGCGUGAAGGGACUCUGCAGAGGGAGAUGAGGAACCUGUUUGACGAAAAGAUUCGAGAAAUCCACUGUAAAUCGCCACUUUUUCCCGAUGAUCAUACGGAAGAUUAG